AUGGUCGACAUUGUCCCCCUAUCAAGCUACCCAAGCUACAUCGACCUCCUCCCCUCAAUCCAAACCUGCAACAUCACCAACCUUCCCGAGAACUACUUCCUAAAAUACUACCUCUACCACGCUCUCACAUGGCCACAACUCUCCUUCGUCGCUGUCGUGCGACCCAAGAACGGCUACGCUAAAAGCAAUGGCAUCGCCGGUGCCGGCGCAGCGGGCAAUGUCGCCGGCGAGUAUCCCAAGGUCGUGGGAUACGUGCUCGCGAAGAUGGAAGAGGAGCCAACGGAUGGGAUGCAGCAUGGACAUAUUACCAGUUUGAGUGUUAUGCGGACGCACAGGAGGUUGGGAAUUGCGGAGCGGUUGAUGCGAAUGAGUCAACGCGCAAUGUCUGAAUCGCACCGUGCAAACUACGUUUCCCUACACGUCCGCGUGUCUAAUACGGCGGCUCUUCGUCUCUAUCGGGAUACAUUGGGCUUUGAGGUCGAGAAAGUGGAGAGCAAGUACUAUGCCGAUGGCGAAGAUGCUUAUGCGAUGCGAUUGAAGCUCGAUGACCAGUGGCUGGAUUGGAAGUCGAUUGAGAAGCGUAUUGCGGCGGAGGACAAGGCCAAGGCUGGGAAGGAGGAUGCAGACGGUGAUGAGGGAGAGCCUGUUGGUGAGAUGGGGAAGAAAGAGGACGGAAAAGAGGGCGAGAAGAUGGUUAAGGUGAAGGUUGGGAGAGGACUCGGAGUUGGGGAUUUGGUGGAGAGGAAUGAGAGUCAGGUUUAA